AUGUUCUUCCUACACAAUCUCGAGCGUAGGGUGACUCUGCAUCCGUCCUACUUUGGGCGGAACAUGCACGAGCUGGUCACGACGAAGCUCCUGAAGGAUGUCGAGGGCACCUGUGCCGGCAACUACUACAUAAUAUCCAUCAUGGAUACGUUUGACAUCUCGGCCGGCAAGAUCCUGCCAGGCAACGGGCUCGCUGAAUUCACCGUGGGCUACCGUGCCGUCGUAUGGCGGCCAUUCAAGGGCGAGACGAUGAUUCCUAGUCAGGUCAAGUACGAUCCAAACGCCACUCCGCCCCAGUUCACGGACAACGAGGACUACCGGAUCGAGCCCGGAACACAUAUCCGGGUCAAGAUCAUGGGCACACGAAGCGAAGUCGGUGAGAUGUGGGCAAUUGGCACCAUCAACGAAGACUAUCUCGGCCCUCUUGGCCCUUAG